UUCGUCUCGCUAGCUCCAUGCGUGCUUCUGGAUCGAUGAAGUCAGCGACUUCCCUUCUCCUCGGCGCGGCGCUUGCAACAGCUUUCUUCCUGCUCUACACUUCCGUGCGCCGCGACCUUGGCGACGGGCCGGCCAGGUCGGCACCGCCGCGGUGGACGCAGCAGGAGAAGAGGGAGGAUAGCGUCAGGGCUGCCGCUGAUCGACCCAGCAAUCAGGAAGCGGUUAUGAAGGUGGAGCAGGAGAAGAAGGACAUCGUUACCAGCAGCGAUGGUGGAGGUAGAGAUGGUUCAUCGUCACAUCAGCAAAAGCAGCAGCAGCAGCAGAUUGUGAUGCCUGCAGAACAGCAACAGAAGUCCGAAAAGCCCCAAGACCUGGCCGAUCUGCUCCGGCGAGCCGCGACAGCGGACCGGACAGUCCUGAUGACCGCGCUCAACGAGGCGUGGGCAGCACCGGGGUCGUUCCUGGACCUGUUCCUGGAGAGCUUCCAGCACGGCGAGAACACCGCGUAUCUGGUGCAGCACCUGCUGGUGGUGGCCAUGGACAGGAAGGCCUUCGACCGCUGCAACGCCGUGCACCCCUUCUGCUACUGGUUCAGGGUGGAGGGCAUGGACUUUGCCGCCGAGCAGAAGUACAUGAAGGGCGACUACCUCGAGAUCAUGUGGAACAGGAACAAGUUCCAGCAGACCAUCCUCGAGCUUGGCUACACCUUCCUCUUCACGGACGUGGACAUCCUCUGGUUCAGGGACCCGUUCCCACGCAUAUCCCCGACGGCGCAGCUGGUCAUGUCAUCGGACUUCUUCGUCGGCGAUCCCAACUCGCCAGGGAACUACCCCAACGGUGGUCUCCUCUACGUCAAGUCCUGCGCCGGCACCAUUGGCUUCUACAAGCACUGGCAGUCAUCGCGGGAGCGGUUCCCCGGAAUGCACGAGCAGUAUGUGUUCGACAAGAUCGUCAAGGAAGGUGUGCCCCCUCACCUCGGCACCAAGGUGCAGUUCCUCGACACCAACUACUUCGGCGGCUUCUGCCAGCACGGCAAUGAUCUGAGCAAGGUCUGCACCAUGCACGCUAACUGCUGUGUGGGGCUGGAGAACAAGCUGUUUGAUCUCAAGAAUGUGCUCCAGGACUGGAAGACUUACAAGACACGCGCCGCCGUCGGGAAUACAGAGUACUUCUCAUGGAGGGUGCCAGGGAGGUGCAUACACUAAUUAGUUGACAGAUGACUUGGACUUAUUUAAUUCGUUUUGAAUCAGAGAGGCAAAAGAAUUGACCGCCAUGCUCAAUGUCUAAGGCGAAGGCCAACGUGUGGACUUCCAAGCACCGCUAAAGAACUUGUGUCAGCUUUAUUUAGGCACGCCGCCAGCUGAAACACUACGAUCCACAUAUUCGGUUUCGGCAAUGACCACGAUGCGGCGGUGAUGCAUGCCAUAGCGGUGGCAGAGGGUCACCUACUCACCUUCUCCUUCAUUGAGAACGAAUAAGGGAGUCACCGGCCAGCAAGGUGCCACAAGGACGGAACAAACCAUCAACUAUUUGAACUAUUCAACAUCGUCAAAGAUUGAAGAGGUGGCUGCCGUUUAGAGAGGUAAAAUUGCAGCGUUAUGGCUCCAUCACUAGCAGGAGGCGCUCGGACCAGCUUGGAGCCAAGCUCUCCAUCGUUUUUUCUCCUCCACUCCGUACAAUUCGCA